CAUGGAGUAAAGACAUUUCAACUCUCCCUGUUUUCUUCCACCCACGCUUAACCUCUAAUCAGCACUUUUUUCUUUUCUUUCAAUUUGACUUUGAGGUAUCAAAGGAAGACAAUGGAAGUAAAGCUAGAAGUGAUCGGAAGAGAUGUGAUCAAGCCUUCUUCCCCUGCACCUCAUGAUGACCGCCUUCAACUUUCCUUGUUAGAUCUCAGCCUUCCAGCCAUUUACGUUGCAACCACCUUCUUCUACAAAUCCAUCGCCGGAGAGUCGCCUGAGAUCAUGUCCCGGAGGCUGAAAACCUCUCUGUCCGAGACUCUGUCACGUUUCUACCCUCUAGCUGGACGUCAAGAAGGCCUUUCCAUAUGCUGCAACGACGAAGGAGUCAUCUUCACUGAGGCACGAACCGAUCUCCUUCUCUCAGAUUUCUUGAGAAACCUCAGUACAAACUCCCUCGCAGCAUUCCUCCCUGAGAUCGAGCAGGGAGAAUCUGCUGGGACGCGGCCGUUGCUGAGGGUCAAGGUCAUUUACUUCGGGUCGGGAUCAGGAGUCGCGGUUACUGUUGGCAUCUCUCACCAGAUCUGCGACGCGUCCUCGUUGUUGACCUUCGCACAAGCCUGGGCGGCUACAUCAAAAGGGACUACAACAUGUAGUCCACACUUUGCAGGAGCCACGAUAUACCCUCCUCCUCCUCCACCUGCCUCCUUCCAGUCUCUUUCUAUUGAUGACCUUUACGAGCUUCGAGGCAGAUGUGUAACCAAUAGACUCGUCUUCAAAUCCUCCAAGAUCGCUGAGCUUAAACGCAAGGCGAGUAGCGAAAGCGUCCCGGUACCUACGCGUGUGGAAGCCAUCAUGUCACUUAUUUGGAGAUGUGCCGCAAACGCCUCACGGUCUAACUCGGCAUCUCCGAAGUCAACGGUUAUGACUCAAGCGAUGGACUUGAGGCUUAGGAUACCCUUUAAUGUUUUGCCACAAGACUCCAUGGGCAAUCUACAAACUCUUUUCUUCGUCAGGAAAGGGACAGAGAGCGAGUUAGAGAUCGACGAAAUGGUUUCUGACUUUAGAAAGACUAAAGAAGAAUUCAGCGAGAUGAUCAAAGAGAAUCUCCAAGGGUAUGAUAAUGAUACAGCUACCAUCACAACCACCAAACUCGGUCAGAACUUGUUGAGUGUGAUGGGAGAUUUUAUGUCGGAGUGCUACAAACCGGACAUAGACUUAUACAUAAUGUCUAGCUGGUGUAGGAAGCCUUUCUACGAGGUUGAUUUCGGAUGGGGUAAUCCGGUCUGGAUGGGACCUUCUUCACAUACCGUCUACGAUAACAUGGUGUUCGUGGUUCUGACGGAUUCAAGGGAUGGUCAAGAUGUAGAAGCUUGGGUAGGCUUACCAGAACAAGACAUGCCUGUUUUCCUAUGUGACCAAGACUUGCUUGCUUAUGCUGUCCUAAACCCCCCGGUGUUGAUAUAAGCAAGAAUCCAACCCAGUAAGCAACAUCUCAGUGUUUGGAGGAAAGUUGUCGUUGGUAUAUCUAAAUAAAGCUAUGUCUGAUUUAAUAAAUUGCUGCGAUAUGGGUUUGUGUUUUAUGUUGGUUUACAACUUUAAUAUAUAUAUAUAUAUAUAUAUAUAUAUAUGGUAAACAAACAACUUCAAUAUGUGUGUACUCAUAUGGUUUAUUUAGUUUUUGUGUGUUGCCACC